UGCAUCAAUGUGCGGCGGAAAAGGAAAUCCGCCCUUGCCCCGAGUCGGCCUCGUUGCCGCUCUGAGCUCCUGCAAUCUAUCGUAGAGCCCCUCGCAAAGCUUCGAGAUAGGGCCCUUUCUGGGUGGGCCGUGGGCGCCAUGCUUGAGCUGGGUGUCCUGAGGCUUCGCAGGGCCAGAUGGACGGCCCCGGGGGCAGCGACGAAGACAGCCGUCCGUGUGCGGCCCCCGCCCCCCUGCCGGCCCCGCCGCUGCAGCCCCUGUUUCCGGACCCCGAGGUGGCCCUCACCCCGGACAGGGCGGUCUGGGCUGGCGGGGGGAUCCUGCGGCGCCAUGGCCCCGGUAAAGCGCCCCGCAGACAAGUUCGUUUCCAGCUGGACUCGGGUUACUGUGAGGCCAGUGGCGGCAGCCUGGAUCCACUGGGGCAAGCAGAGGAGCCCCAGAGUGCCUCUCUUGCUGCCAGCCUGCUGAGGAGGGAGCCGCCCGGCAGUCCGAUGGAGGACCAGCAGCCGGAGGAACCCCACGGCCUCCUCAUCACCCCUGUUCUCCACAGCACGGCUGCCUUGGGGGCUGAGGUCCAGGCCACACGGGAGCAGGGCUUCGAUGCCCAGCGGGCAGCCAGGGACCUCCUCCAGCGCUCCUUCCUCACCCGCUGCGCAGUAGAAGCUCGAGUAGGUGAAGGGAUGAACAUCCCUCGAGAACAGCAGCUCUACCAAGGACUGAUCAGCCUGCAGGUGCCUGAAGAGGAAUUGCUGAGCUCUGCCAUGCAGGAGAAACUAGUGCUUGUUGAGCCCCGGCGUGAAGCCAGAAAGGAGCCAACCUGCAGCGGCCCAGACCUCAUGGCCUUCUAUGACGCGGAAGAGAUGUUCACAGAGACCGCUUUCUUGGAGGUGGAGGGGCUGCCCCCCCUGCAACUGAAGCCUCGCACCCGAGAUCCAGCAGCCACCUUCCUGAUGUACCACAAGCUGCGCCAGUGGGACAGUUGAGGGGAAAGGUGGGAGCACCAGCCACCCUCUGUGGAUUCCCCCUUCACCGGACCCAGAAGAGACUCUCUUGUAUGGAGCAAAGAAGCUACAGGGCUGUUUAUUCACAGGUGACUCAUUCAUACUCUGCGUCCAGCACACUUUUAUACAUAAACCAAGAUACCAGCACUA